CAUAUCGUCGUGUCUCUCUCAGGGGACAUUCUGGACAUUCAGUUUCGUGAUAUUAGAAAGAGAGAAACAGUGGCGUCUAAUUUUGAGUGCAAAGUUCGAGAACGUCAAAAUUGAUAACCUCCAGGAAAGUGUGAAACCGGUUCUUCCAGAAAAUUCUCCACGUGAAACUUGCUACUUCAUUUAGUUUUCCAAAGCACCAAAAGACCAACUACACUCAAGAUGAGCGCAUCCCUGAAACGUUUGGUCCCUCUGUUCGACCGAGUUCUAAUUAAAAAGGCAGAGGCCAUUACAAAAACCAAAGGUGGGAUUGUUAUUCCUGAAAAGGCACAAGGCAAAAUUUUACAGGGGACUGUCGUAGCAGUUGGACCCGGCCAAAGAAAAGAAGAUGGAAACCAUAUUCCCAUAUCAGUCAAAGUGGGAGAACUGGUUCUUCUUCCGGAGUAUGGAGGUACCAAAGUGGACGUAGAAGAAAACGUUGAAUAUCAUCUUUACCGCGAAACCGAUAUUCUCGCGAAACUUGACUCCUAAGUUUUGAGAUUUUGUAGGACUGAAUAUUCCAUUAAAUGUUGUGUUAUUUGGAAUGAAUGGUUAAAUUAGCCAAUAUCAACAAAUUGUUCAUAUUGCUGGAUCUGUACUAAAAAACUCAGUGUGUAAGUUGAAAUUUCCAGAUGUAAAUGUUUUUAUAAAACAAUGGAAUUUUCGUAAGGCUGUAUCCGUACUGCUGUUUUAUUACCUGCAGUGAUAAUAGCUUUGUUAGUAGUUGUAUAGUAGUAGUAAUACUGUUGUUUUUACUAUAUUAAAUAAGAUUUCUAUAGGA